GGCUGUCAGUGCCGAUUCUGUGGAGUGUCUGCGCCAACCGAAAAAAAGCACAGGUCCACACACGCAGACAAGAAACACGAAUUAUAAAAAAAAAAUUCAAUAAAAUCAUACACACACGAACGAAAAUAUUUUUUGCGAGUGUGUCGUCGAGUAGUUGACGACGACGACGACGACGGCGACGACUAGCCACUACGCAACAUCACAUUACUGCGACGACGACGACGACGACGACGACGCCGAGAUCGUGUCCCUGUGCGCGCGGGUGUCUGAAAAUUGAAUAAUAAUAAUUUAAAUUAUUGUUAUUUAUUUUUUUAUUCUCCGCUUGUGUGUGAUUUCUGUGCGUGUUUCCGAAGUGUGGUGUCGUGUGCGUACGUUGUUUCUCAACUCGUUUCGGUGGCCGCGGACGACCGCAGCAGACGGACGCACGAAUAUCGAGAAUUUUUGAUAAUAUUGUCAUUUCAUUGUAUUUAAUUUUAUAAUUUAUUUUUUGUUUUUUGAAAUACAUACGCGCGUUUAUGUGUAUAUUUAUAAAUAAACACAUAUAUUUUUAUACCACGUAUGAGUUCAUCGUAUACAUAGAGUAAAUUCGUCGUGUACAUAUCAAGUCACGAUCGGACGAAAAAAUAGCAUACCGUAGAGAAGAUAUCCCAACUAUAUACAAUAGACCCGAAUACAGCCACUGAGUCACCGGCGCGUUAGCAAACUGAAGACACUAGUCAACACUACUGGAACGCUAGGUGGCAAAUCAGCAGCAGCGUCAAAGAUUGUUACAAGGAAGUAAGCUCUCGACAAAACACACACAUUUUCAUCCCCGUUGGUUUCAAGAAUCUAACUAUAACUUAUCGAGGCCAAAAAUUUAUAUUUUAAUUUAUUAUAAAAUAAAAUAAUGAUAAGUAAUAAUAAUUUAUAAAAAUUACAAGUCGUCGUUUUGCUGGGAAAAUAAGCUUGAUCUGUGAUAGUGUUAUUUUUUAUUUAAAUAUUGUUUUUAAGUAUCAUUAUUAUUGCGAUCACAAAUAGUUUUCGUUUUUAUCGUUUUUAUUUUAUUUUUUAUUUCGCUUCAUAAAGUUAUUGAGAAAACAACUAAUAAAAUGCCUCAAAGUGCGGGCGUACUUACAAAUUCUGUUAUGAUAACUUUAAUCCUACUGAUCAGUUCCUUGUGUGGAUGUUGGAGUACUGAUGCGGAUCAACAUGUUGCUUCGUCUCCCACAUGUGACAGUAAUAUUUACUGUCAUGGACCAUUGCUGCAUGCGAUUCAAAUGUCUAGCAUAUUCCCAGAUUCGAAAACGUUUGUUGACAUGAAAAUGAAAUAUUCACCUAAUGAGACUAUGAACAUAUUCUUGGAUAUGAUGAAAAGAACGGGACAAAGGCCAUCAAAAAUAGAACUGGAGAUUUUCCUCAACGACACAUUCGAAAAGGAAGGCAGUGAAUUCGAAAUUUGGGAUCCCUCCGAUUGGAAGCCAGAGCCAAAAUUUCUUGGUGAUAUUAAGGACCCAAAUUUCCAAGAAUGGGCUAGAGGCUUACACUUGCUAUGGAAACUUCUUGGUAAAAAAAUCAAAGAUGACGUACGUUUACAUCCUGACCAUUACUCAAUUAUCUAUGUUCCGUAUCCGGUAAUUGUACCCGGUGGCCGAUUCCGUGAAUUUUACUAUUGGGAUUCUUAUUGGAUUAUUAGAGGUCUGCUACUAUCUGAGAUGUAUACUACCGUAAAAGGAAUGCUCAGCAACUUUUUAUCGAUAAUUAACACCUAUGGUCAUAUUCCAAACGGGGGUAGAGUGUAUUAUGCCAUGCGAUCUCAGCCCCCCAUGCUGGUACCAAUGAUGAAAAGUUACAUCGAGGCUACAAAUGACACGAUUUUCCUUAAAGAAAAUGUAGAUAUACUGGAAAAAGAAUUCAGCUUUUGGAUGUUAAAUCAUACAGUAGACAUAGAAAAAGAUGGAAAAGUAUACACAUUGGCCAGAUAUAAGGAUUCGUCAACUGGUCCUAGGCCUGAAUCAUACAGGGAAGAUAUCAUGAGCGCACAAACACUGAAGACCGAUAACGAUAAAGAAAACUACUAUUCUGAGCUAAAGGCCGCUGCGGAAUCUGGGUGGGAUUUUUCCAGUAGAUGGUUUAUACUAAAUGGAACAAAUAAAGGAAACCUGACUAACCUGAAAACACAGUCCAUCAUUCCGGUGGAUUUGAACGCUUUGGUGUAUUGGAAUGCUAAGAUACUGAGUGAUUUCUACCGGGAGCUGAAUGUGUCUGACAAGGCAUUGAAGUACGAAAACAUCGCCAACAAAUGGAUAGAAGCAGUAACGGCGGUGUUGUGGCACGAGGAAGUAGGAGCGUGGCUGGACUAUGACAUGCUAAACGAAAUCAAGCGUGAUUACUUUUACCCAACCAACAUAUCACCGCUAUGGACUGGCUGUUAUGACCCAAAGAAGACCGAUGACUUUGUAUCCCGGACGCUUAAGUAUUUGGAAAAGACACAAAUAAUGAACAACCUGGGGGGCAUACCAACUACCCUGGAGCACUCCGGUGAACAAUGGGACUACCCGAAUGCGUGGCCCCCACUCCAGUACAUAAUGGUCAUGUCACUGGACAGCUCAGGUGAUAACUGGGCCCAAGACUUGGCAUUCGAGAUAGCUGAACGAUGGAUGAGGUCCAACUACAAAGCGUACAACGAGACCAACGCCAUGUAUGAAAAAUACGAUGCGACCGUACCCGGAGGUCACGGCAGUGGAGGCGAAUACGAGGUGCAGUUGGGCUUUGGCUGGACCAAUGGCAUAAUCUUGGAGUUCCUGCAGAAGUACGGGUCCAGGGUUACGGCCGAGGACAAGUUCGUCGAGGCUCCGCAGACUAGCGCCAACAUAGACUCCAGCAGAAGCAGCACUGACUACAACACCAAGACCGUGUCUUCGGCGACGCAAGUCAUGACUGCCACGCUUGCGAUACUGGCCACGAUAUCGGCCGGAUGCAUAGGGUUCGCCGUGUACAAGAAGCGGUACCAGCUUUACGCGUCCGACCGAGCCCUGUGCAAGAAAAUGUGUGGCGGCUACACGGAGCUCAAAGACCUGACGAGCGACUAAAAACGCCGACGACCUACCGCACCGUCCGUCGUCCGUUCUUCGUCUAUUCGCUGCAGCCACUCCUCGACGGAGUCGUCAGGCGCUCAUGCGCCACCAUAAUAAUAAUAUUAUGAUAUUAUCGUCCCCGUACGAGACGUACCUAACUUCGCCCUUACCCCCCCCUCCAAACACCCUGUAUACUAAAUGAUCCACUAUCACACACCACUUGUGGCAGGCUGCAGGCUGCAGCGAUGAUAUUAUGUCAUUGUAAUGCAACCACAUGUUAUGUUAAUAGUACGCCGUAGUAUUUGGCGCCCGGCCGACGUAUUUUUGAUGUUGUUAUAUUAUUAUUAUUAUUAGUAGUAGUAUUAAUACUAUCAUUAUUUAUUUAUUAUUAUAGUAGUAGUGAAGUAGUAAGACUAUUAGUAACGAUAACGUUGUCUUGGAACAUAAAAAUACGCAUUAAGGUCGACGGAAACGACACGAGUCAUAUUAUAGAUGUAGAUAUGACGACGUUCGUGUAUAUAUGUAAUAUAAUAUAGUUUGAAGUAUUCUCGUGGUCUGAAUGUACGAAAUAUGCUUAUCGUCGGUUUUUUCUUACAUUUAUAAAAAGCUACGCGCACCACUUAGACUUGGACCGUUGUCGCACAAUAGUCGACAAAAUCCACCCGAAUACGAUUGCCACGUGUCCGUUUCGCGUUCUGUUGUAGGUAACUCCAUUCUAACACAAUCACUAGUAAUUUAUACGAUUGUACAUAAUACUCGUACAACAUGUAUCAGAUAGGUAUUUAUUUUAACCCAAGAGGUUAGGUACACAUUUGAUUGCUCGUAUUUCGAACGUGCGAUUUGUGAUUUAUUUCAGAAUGAUUAUAUUUUCCAGACUUGCGAUACGAGUGUCUCUCGAAUAUAACUAUUGUCUUGUAAAUAAUACUGAUUUGUUCGGUAAUGACGUGAGUCAAAUUCUGGAUUUUACGACCGUUCGUCGUUUACUCAAACCGAAAACGACGACGGUAAACAUUCUAUCAGACCACCUGCGCUGUAAUAAUAAUAGAUAGGUAUUUUGGUUUUAUUUAUCAACAAUUUUCCACGCAAACGUGCGUUUUCCUAUUAUUUAUAAAAACUAUUGAGUUUAAUAUCGUUUGUAGAUGUUUUUUGUAGAAUAUCGAUUUACGUAGGGACUAUACGACCGAUGAAAAAUAAUAUUAUAUUGUUCAAGUUUAUAACACGACAACAUAUAAUCAUAUUCAAAUGCCUACACACUGCUUUAAUAUUAGAAAUAUAAGUAGGUAGGUGAUGUUGCCUAUUUAUGUAUUUGAUCGUUGGCGUAUUAAGUAAAUAAAUAUAUUUGCUACGUACAUAAUUUAAAGCAGUACAUUGUAAGAAAACAACCCCAAUAGACAUCCAGUUCAGUUGGACAUAAAUAUAUUUUUUUCAUUUCAACACACUAUUUUUCUUAUACAAUUACCAAGAGGUUUCUGCAAACACGUCUUUAAUUGUGAGAAUAUUAGGUAUAAAUCGAGUAACCAAUAACGAUGAUUCUGUGUCGUAAAAUGAUUAGUUUUAUUACUAUUAAUUACUCUCAUCGCAGACGGAAUAUCGUCGUUUUCAUUGUCGGUAUGUCUAUUAAAUAGUUAUAUUAUAUACUUAUAGGUAUACAAUUGAAAUGUAUAGGCAAUAAUAACCAUUCGGAUUUAGCUGUGAAGCGAACAUUCACAGGUCGUGAUUAGGCAAUCAUCUUCCCAACUGAAGCAAAAAUGAUAUUGGUUAUUAAUUCAUUUUCUUUUGCUUUUGGGUAUUCUUAAUACGAUAGUAAUAAUAAUAAUAAUAAUAUAGGUAAAUAAUUUCUAUUCGUGUAUAAUAUGCUUACAUCUCGAGUAGAUAUAUAUUAUAUAUAAUAAUCAUUCCUAAUAGUAAAUAUAGUAAUAAUUUAUUAUAAUGAAAAAUGUAAUGAUCAACAUUUCGAUACGUGUGACAUAAGUAUAAAAAUAUAUACGUAUAUCUUAAUUUGGCAGCCGAAAUUUAUUCGUAAAGUUUAUACCAUAAUACCGUUUUUAUAUUUUCAAAUAUACAUAUUUUUCAAAAAGCUUAAAUUUGAAUAAAAAUGCUUGAUUCAAUCUUCUUUGAAAACAUCAAUCUAGUAGGUACUUAUUAUUAAUGUUUUCAAUAAAGAAUAAAAAAUAUUAUUGAAAUGCUUCAGCCUUAAGAUGUCAAAACUGAUAAAUGUUCAAACUCUUCCGUCGACUUUGAGCUGGCUUUUAAAUUCGUUUCCAUCGCCGUCAUCUGUAAACCUAAUACAAACCUUUUGUCGUACGGUGGUCAAAUAAAAUUUCAAUCGAACCCUGAGACCCGAUCAAGAGGUGGAAAGUGAAAUUGAGUAUGAGGUCUGUUGGGGUACACAUAUCUCCGAUCAGUGAUACACUUAAUUUAUAAAAUAAUGUGAACUGGAGUGGAAACAUCUGAGUGUUUUAGAUGUAGCGAUGACAAAAUAUAAGAGGGACAUUUUUUUUUAGUCACUAGGCAACUUUUCCUCCACCGUAAGAAAUAGAUGCCUACAUGUAUUUUAUUCUGCGAAGCGUGUUUGGGGUUGUAGGGUUGUAUAUUUUAUAUUUAAAUGAAUUCAAUUUUUUUUUUCCUUUUUCUUUCUGGAUUUUGGUUUUCAUAUAAAUAUAUAUUAGGGGGUCUGGUGGCAUGGUGGUUGGUCGCAGUCACUAAUGCCCGACUUCGCUAGUUCUCAGAUGGGUGAUCACCCGGGGUUUUAGAGACGAAUCUUCGUAAACACAUCAAUUAAUCCCACAUAAACCGUGUUCCUUAACUAACCGUAACCACUCACACACAUAAUUACUUACGUUGACAAGGGUUUUAAAAAUAAAUAAGUAUCCAUAUGCUUUAGGUAGACAUUACAAUUACAGUUCACUCUAUGUAUAAUGAUUAAACUAAUGAUGGGAUAAAAUUUUUAAAAAAAAACGAUUUAAUAUGAAAACGUGUGUCUUUAAUCAAAUAUAAUUAGGUAUGCAUAGUAAUCAAUUUACAUUUCAUAUUCAAGCAUUUUAAUCAAUAUGAUUAUUAUUGUUAAUAACGACAUUUAGUAUCAUAUAAUUUGUAUCUACUAAGUAUAUAAUUUUAUCAUACAGAAAAAAAAUAUCAUCUGGAAGGUUAGGAAGGGUUUUAAAGAAAUAUAUUUUCACUUUUUACUUUUUACGCAUAGGUCAUUGGCGCGUUUGUAAAUUGUAAGGCAAGCCAAUUAUAAAGCGCAGAAAAAAUGGUGCUGAAAUGUACACCCUACCCUCCUACCCUUCCCCCCUCCACCACCCGAAUGGAAUCUCUGUGGGAUCGACGCUUCUGCAUUGGAAUAAAUGGGUGUUGUCAAGGGAGACUAUUUAAAUCUUCUCUCUGAAACUAAAAAAAGGAUAUAGUUCAAAAGUUAAUAUUCGUAGAAUAACUUUAAAGCCCAAUCCCGUCAUUGUUGGUUUUUUUAACAAUAUUGUAAUAUUCGAAAAUUGUAUGAAACUGUAAAUAUUCACACCAAAAUCAUAUUCCUCGUGCGAAUGUUUGCUAUCUAGAAUAUAACUAUUCGCGUGAGUACGUGACUGUAAUAACUGUAAUAAUCGCGUAGGCACAAAAAGCAUGUUUAUAUAAUAAUACCUAUUAUAAUAAACAGAAUUAAAUGUAUUCUAAUAAUAAAAAAUAUUUCGUGCUCGACCACGGUCGGACAUUUCGAAGUCAGUAUUUUUACUCUAAUCUUAUAUUCUCUCAGAUUUAUCGUACACAAUAUAAAUUAUUUAAACAUAUAAAUGUAAAUGGUAUAUUUUUUGUUUGUAACAAAACGCUUUACAAAUUAUUUUGAUACAUACAAUAUUGUGUAUUACUGUAGCUGUAGGUAUAACUUUUUUUCGUAAGACAAUCUUUAUACAUUGCAUGUACCUAUAGUUAUAAUACUAUAAUAGGUAUGAUUAUAAUAUAUUAUUAUAGCUGUGACGUUUUGCGAGAUUUUUCUCUUUUUCUUAAAUUAUUACGUUAGGUAUAUUACGACUGAUAGAUGAUUAGGACCGCAUAUAUACUCGUAUUAUAGGUAUAUGUUAGGAACCGCGCUGUUUCUUGUAAAUUGUAAUAAUAUAUUAUAUUUUUAACACGAGAUUUUGUGAAUCGUUACCUAUAACGUGAUGACCCGAUGACCGAUCGGCAGUACUUACCUUAUUGUGUAUAAAUGUAUAAUGUUAAAUGUGUUUGUAUAGAUACUGAGACGUGUGCUAUAUUAUAUUUUAAGCAUAUAUUGUUAAUUAUUGUUUUGUUGAUUAUUGUCAGGUUCUCGAGUGCAAUGAUGUAGUGCGUGGUCUACCCUCUUGACAAGUGAUCGGCCGGCCGAGUCUUUCGAAAAAAUAAAAUGUAUUCCUAUAUAUUAUAUUAAUUGUGUUGACAAAUGUCGUGACGGGUAGACCGCCCGUGUUAUUAUUAUUAUUAUUACGAUUUAUAUAGUAUUAUAAUUAUUAAUUACUAAUAUUAUAAGCCGGUGUACCCCGCCGUAAGUAUAGUGGCUGUUUAUAAAAAUAAAAACAAAAUUUUAAAAUGUAAUA